GAGCUUAAUCAGUUUGAAUCUUGAAGCUGUCGGAGAAGGUUGUAAUUUGGAAAAUGUUACGAAUCGCUCGCACAUGGAUUCUGGUGGUGGUGUUGAUGGCACUGUUCGGUGCAAAAUCGACAGAAGCCUAUCUCUGCAUGUGUUCGCCGAGCAGCUGCGUGUUGAUCCAUCCAAAUACGGACUUCUUCAAAAAUGCUGAGAGUUUCUGUUCGACUUUUCGAGCGCAGGCGCAUGAUAUCUCCAUUAUCAAGCUGAUGGAUACAAAGCUGUCACCUGAUGCGUUCAACAAGUUCCCAAACAUGACAUCGUUGGAAAUUUUCCAAGGUCAGCUCGAAAAACUCGACUCGGGUACGUUCAGUGGGGCAGGAAACCUGUUAAAGUUGUUAAUCAGAGGAAACGGUUUAACUAGCUUGGAUGACUACACUUUCAAGGGAGCGGAUAAUCUAAAGGAUCUGAUGAUCUCGGCAAAUCCUUUGAACAGGAUUGGUGAGAAUGCUUUUGCGAAUUUGCGACAACUGGAAAUGUUGAUUUUGGCGCAUGGUGAAAUCACUUCCUUGCCACGGAAAUUAUUCCAGAAUAAUCGUUCCUUGAAGGUCAUUUCACUGAAUAACAAUAAAAUAGAAUCAAUCGACCCCGAAGUGUUCAUCGGAUUGGACGAUCUUACCAAGUUGGAACUGCUAGAAAACAAGUUGAAGGUGUUCGAUUUCAAAUUUCUAAAGGCAGCGGUUGUUGUGUUGAACAAUAACAGCCUGGAGCACUUGACAAUUAACGAACACUGUAGUACAAUGUAUGCGAGUAAUAACGAAAUCAAAACUCUCACGGUGGCUGGUAAUAAUUUGAGUAAGCUGUCGCUUUUAAACAACAAAAUUCGUGACAUCAGCAACAUCACCAAGGUGUCUAAUUUGACUAGUUUGUCUCUGGGCAGCAAUGACCUGGAAUCGAAUACGGUGUUUAGCUCGCUAACCGCUCUCGAAGAACUGAUGCUUCAGUCCACGUAUAUCAAUCUCACUGAGGACACGUUCGCCAAUUUGAAAAUGCUGAAGAUACUGGAUCUAUCGUACAACAAUCUCACAGUAGCAGAUUUCAAAAUUUUCGGAUCGCUAGACUCGCUUCAAGUGUUGAGUUACGUUGGUAAUCAGAUUCCGAGCUUCAACUACAUUGAGGCAAGAGAAUACCUGCCACGUCUGCGGGUGCUCGAAAUCUGCAAAAAUGGAUGGAACAAUACAUAUUUUGAGACCAACAUCCUGCGAAUGAGACGGCUCCAGCUAAGUCCGGACGUUCAUGGGUUUUCGUCUCAUUUUUUGUUCCGCGAUGACUACAUCAGCAUGUGCUCGGAGAAACUGGUCGACGAUUAUAGUUACGAUGACUACGUGGAACAACCAAUUGAUGUGGAAGAUGAAAUCAGAGCGUCGUAUCCCAAGGAAUACACAACGACCUCUUCCACCACAACGACCACAACGACCACAACAAGUCCAAAGACCACAACAACGCCAGCCCCAACAACGACUAUUCCAUCAACUACGACAUUCGCCACUACGGAGCAAGCAACGGCCAAGCCCAACGAUUCAGCUUCAAAUCAUCAUGUUUUGGAGUACAAUGCAGACACGGCUAUUCCGAAAAUGGCUGCCAGUGAGCCGGUAAAGGCAGCAUCACCGUUAUUCAUCACCUUCCAGGUGUUGGUGUACAUUCUGUCGGUGGUUGGGUUGGUCUCGCUUAUUGCGGUAGGGUACCUGUGGAAGAGGCGGCAGCUGAACACCAGAUCACUUACCGUUGCUGCUGAGUCAACGGAUUCUGUGAGAUUAAUCUAAACAUACUACGAUUCGGCUGGCGUGUCAAUUCGUGUUUAGUGAUAAUGAACCCAUACAUAUUCAUACAUGAGUGAUUUUUAUUUGGUUUUACGUCUGAAGUGAUGCCGAGAAUGGAGCAGUGUCAUACAAGAGUGGUGAUAAUUAAGUGUAAACACAUUUUACUCAAACUGAUAUUAUAUGUGAAGCAGGGAUUCCUUGAAGUGUUUUAGUUUAGCUCCAAUAAAUCAUUGCCUGAA